AUGACAACAACACAACGACGAUAUUAUAUAGCACUAGUUGAUUAUUUACCAUCUGGUUGUGAAGCAUUAAAUAUAAAAUUAAACGGCGGUUUGACAGAUGAUACAAACUCAUCAAGUUAUGUAAUGCGUGCAACAUGUGCUGGAACAUUCAUUAUUCCAGCAGCUAAAGCUGAAGAAAUGUAUUCGCCUGAAAACUUUGGCCGAGGUACAACAGAAAAGGUUAUUAUUGACUGA